AUCAAAGUUGAACAAAGCAACAAGCCAAAAAAUCAAGUAGUUCCUCUCUUUCACUAAACAAAAAUGGUAUCGCCAAAACAACCGACUGGUUCCUUACCGCCCACCGGAAACAAGAGGCCAUCAUCGUUAUCUGAUGAUGUACUUCCAUUUUCGAAGCAUCCAGAGGUGGAUGAUGCACCUCCUUCUGUGAAGCGUCUAAAGGGAGAUGACAAUGUGGAUACUUUGGAAAAAAUAUCAAUGCUUCCAUCGGAUAAUUCAAAGGAGUUACACUCAUCUGAUCAACCAGAACUUGAAGCUGACAACGUAGCUGAUGAAAAAGUUAACAACACAGCUGACGAAAAGGUUGAGGCUGCGCCUGACGGAAAAAUCUAGGCUGCGGCUGACGGAAAAGUGGACGGUGGAGUUUUCACACCUACCCCAGUAGGCA